CUAGUCAGCAGCCUUCCAAUGUUUUGAUGUGUCAAUACAGGAUUUGAUAUUAAACCAUUAGCAACAUCAGAACACAGCUAGGUCCUGUCGACCCUCAGUUUGUAAAACCACAAAAAAAAAUGAGUAGCUAGCUAGCUAAGUGAUUGGAAUUGUUUACUUGCGGUAAAAUACCUAGUUAACGUUAACUAUGCCAGUUUUGACAUAUCAUCAUGUUAUGAGUUAUUGAAUUAAUCUUGCCCACUAAUUGCCCGUUAAUAUGCCCUUUCAAAAGGUGUAAUGAUGACCAAUUAACCUAGCAACUUUUUUUAUUGAUAUUAUCAGUGUCCAACAUCCUAUGUUGCCCGAAAAUCUGAAAAUGGUAGUGGAAAAUUGUGUUUUAUUGAGACGGCACACAUUUUCCCCGUUUUUUUUCCCAACGGACUGCCAUUAAAGCUAGUUAAGGAGGAAAAGUAUGCUUUUGCAGCCUGAUUGGAGGAUGCUUUAAGUACGGACCGGUCCACGGGGGACACAAGUAUGUUACCGACUGGGCAUAUCAAACCUAGACGAUAGUGCAGAUCUAGCGGCCACCAUCGGCUUCCUAGGCUAGUUACACCGUCUGAAACGAAGCACUACAAAAACGUGGAAAGUUAAUUUACAAGCCAGAAUAUUGAGUAAAAAUAAAUUUUACUCUACCGCAUGUCUGUGCAUUUGGUCCUUUUGCUGGUGGAAAUUGGAGACAAAAAAUCUGCAGGAAAGUAGCUAUUAUUUACGAUUACUUUUUAGAGUGCUGGUACCGCUGUUGACAUUUUUAUCAUCUGGCACAUGAGUAAAAAAUGAACACCAGCACGAUCACGGGACCCACGGUUUGAAGUCUGUUUAAUAAAUGUUCCUGUGGAUAUACAUUUCCACCUGCAGAAGGACCAACUGUCCAGACUACCUGUAGAACCAACGCCUUUACCACAGCUGCCUUAUUGCACUGCCAGCACCCCCUACAGGCUUCCUAACUCAGCGCUCACUGUCCCACCUUGCUGUCACCAUGCUAUUCCGUGGGGUCACAGCUCAACGCAUCAGCAAGACCAUCACCUUGUACCUGAACGAGACGGCACCACCUAAUCCUUCACCUGGGCCUCCCAUUGGGCCUCCCCUUGGCCCUCUGUCUGCCCUGAACGAUGCAGCAUGUACCCCACCAGCCCUUACCCCAGGCCCAACCAAGCCCCUGUUGCUAAUGCUUCCCUGGUUGGGGUCGCGACCCCAGGCUGUGGCCAAGUACUGUGAGAUCUACUUCCGUACAGGCUUCGACGUGCUCAUAGUGGAGAGCGAGGUGAGUCAGUUCCUGUGGCCGCGUUGGGGUCUAGACUAUGGAGCAAGGGUACUGGAUGUCCUACAGAGUGACCGCUUUGUGUCACGCCCCUUACUCGUGCACGCCUUUUCCAUAGGAGGAUACACCUUCACCCAGUUGCUGGUGCACAUGUCCCACGACACACAGAAGUACCACAGCUUCAUUAAGAGGAUCAAAGGCCACAUCUAUGACAGCCUAGUGCUGGGCUCACUGGAGAGGAUGGCUACCGGUCUGAGUAAGAACUUGUUCCCCCGGCUGGAGAGCCUGGUUAAACGGGCCAGCAUACUCUACUUCAGAGCCUUCAAAUGCCACACGGUCGACUACUUCAACACUGGCAUCGACGUCUUCAGGAACAACCCUGUCACCGCUCCCGCCCUCGUCUUCUUCUGCCAGAACGACGCGCUGUGCGACCCUGAGAGCAUGGAGGAGAUCAUCGCCUACUGGAGGAAACGAGGGAUGGAGGUGACGGACAGGAAGUGGGAGGAGUCAACACAUGCAGGCCACCUGAGACGACACCCGCAGGAGUACCUGUCCACCUUAGAGACCUACCUCCAGAGUCUCAGUAUGGUCCCUCUCAAGGCCAAGAUGUGACCCCAGGCAGGACUCACCCGACUGUGGUCCGGUCCAGAAACAAUCCCUAUUCCCAUCCACUACCCCUUAGGCCCUCAGCAUGGCCCACAUCAAGGCCAAGUUACCACAGGACACAGCUAUGGUCCAGUCCAGAAAUAGCCUCUAGCCCAGUGGUAUUCGAUGCUUUUCAGCCGGGACUUCUGGGGACCCCAUUUUUGUAGUGAAAAUUUCUCCCUACCCCACUUUAAAUCUAAUGACAACCUUAAAAUCAAAUUACCUAUAUUUUCAAAAUGAAAAGAAACCAGUAAAUAAAUGUACUCAAUAUUUUAUUUUUUAAAUGAUCUUGCUCAACAACAACAAAUAAUAUAUACACUACCGUUCAAAAGUUU